UUUAGUAAACCUCUAAGACGGAUAUUAGAGGAAGCGAUGGCACCGCGUAGGCGAUCUUCGUCUAGAUUGGCGCGAGAUGGGACAGAUGGUGUCCCUGAGCAGACUGAGGCGAGCGGAGACUUGGAGCUUCGCGAUCAGUUGGCCACACUCGUGGGAGUGGUGAGGCAACAAGCGGAUGUAGUGCAACGUCAGCAGGAAACUGCUCUGCGACAAGAAGAGCGAAUAAAGAGACUUCAGGAAACAGUGGAUCAGUUAGUGACCGCACCAGUUUCGGCCUGUCGAGUACAGCCGGGAGUUGCGGCAGCGGCAUUUCCGUCGAGGUCGGGUGAUCCAACUGCUAUUGAUUCAGGGCCGGAAGCGGAAAGAGAGCGAGCUUUAGCGGCUCUCAUGUCCUUCAAGAAGUUUGAUCCACCUGCGUUUGAUGGAGAGGACAUAGAUCCAUGGACUGUGGAGUCAUGGAUUGAUUCCAUAGAGACUAUCUUCGAGGAUUUGUACACGGUGGAGCGGGACAAGGUACACCUAGCCGUGCAUUGUCUACAAUUGUCGGCGAAGGAAUGGUGGAAAGGCGUUAAACGGAACCGAUCGCCUAGUCUUCCUUCUAUGGUUUGGGAAGAGUUUCGGGAAUUAAUGCGUUCAACUUAUUUCCCCGAUAGUGAAAAGAGAAAGCUUCAGAACAGGUUUCAGAAACUACGACAGGGAGACCGCCUUGUGAGGGAAUACGAGCGGGAAUUCUCUCGUAUCGUGAACUAUGUUCCAAGUGUGGUACGGGACGACAAGGAUCGAGCUGAUUGUUUUGUACGACUUCGGCCUGAUAUUUUUGAAGCAGUGCAUAAUCUAAAGUUGCAGACUUUUGCUGAAGUCUUGGAUCGGGCCUUAUGGAUAGAACAAGGCAAUGCAUCGGUGCAGGAGGAGCGCGAAUCUUAUUACAAGGAAAAAGAAAAAGAACGACCAGCGAGUGGGUAUGAUGGUCAGUCAAGUUCUCAGCGGACCACUGGGAGUUCGCGUUCGCGAUCCCGAGCUCCGGGGACGUAUCGUAGUCGGACCUCGGCAUGUUGUGUUAUUUGUGGGGGUCCUCACUACCCACAGCAGUGUGAGCAACAAGAUGGCAAGUGCUUCAGGUGUGGACGGCCAGGUCAUGCGCGGGACGAGUGUCCACGGGGUGCUAGCCAAGCCUUGAUGCUGGCGACGGCAUUCUCCUCUCCGGGACAACUUGUAGAUGUGCCACCUGUGGCACGGUCUGGAGAGCGAAUGAGGAUAAGGCAACCGAGGGGUUCGCGACGAACGACAAGUGGCCGUGGAUAGGUGUUCCAUGUGGAGGAACCUGCUACGACUGUUGGCAUUGUGACAGGUUGCACGCGAGCGGCGCGGCGGCGCGAGGAGAGGAC